AUGUCGCCGAUGCGGCAGGUGCAGUCCAGCCUCGUCGCCAUGCUCUUCGGCGACGGCCCGUGCUUCUUGGCAGAUCACUUCGGGCUCGAGCGAGAGUCCAGCCUGGGCGACAUGUACGGCGAGUUGCGGGAGAUCACGUUGUCCUUGUCUGCGUCGCUGCACUACCGAGUGGAAUCCCAGUUCGGCGAGUACCCCCUCGAACUCCUCAGGGUUGCCCCCCGCGCCGCCCUCGGCGAGUGCGUGAAGGGCGCCAUGCGCGAGUUGAUGGGCACCCCGACGUGCUGCCUGGACGAGUCCUUCUCGGGGCGCCUGUUGGACUGGGCGCGGGCCAAGGCCGACGGCGGCUUGGGCGAGGAAGCAAUCUUGGAGGCGUUGUGCUGUGAGGUCGUGAUCGCGGCGAUCCGGGCGUGGGCCGAGGACGGCAAGGCCAGCGUCGCGCACGUCGAGCGGCUCCACGCCAUCAUGAAGCAUCUGAUUUGCCGCUCCACUUCGCGCCCAGGGGCAGAGAGCGUCAUUCUGCUGAACCACGCGCGCAGGAUGAUGGCUAAGUUCACCGAGCAGGGCCACCUGGAUUUCAGCCUCGAGAAGAACCAGGUGGUCUUGGCCAGGCGGGGUGGCCUUGUAACCCGCCAGGACGCCCGCCGACUGCGGAAGCCGAGGAAGCGGCGGCAGCCGCGCCAACGCGAAACCUUCUUGAAUACCAAAUCAAGGUUGGCAAAGUUGGCCCGGGCGGGAGCACCGUGGACGAAUGACCAGGAGAAGAGAGCGAGAGAGGAGUGGGGCCGUCAGAUGGAUGAGAUGACCCAGGAGCAGGUGGACACCUACUUGGCCGCGCACGCAGCCUUGCCCGCGGCCCAGGAGCCCGUCGACGAGACCGCGGGCGGCGCGGCGGCUGAGCUGCGCGGUGGCGCCCUCGAUUUGCUCGACAUCUUGACUGGCAGCGUCGAGCCCCCAGAGUUCGAGAUCGCAGUGGGCGACAGGGCGCGCCAGGUGUGGCCGUUGGAUGUCGGCGAUGAGACGUGGCCACUUGCCGAGGCGAGGUUCGAGCAGCACCUGCGCGCCGUCUCGGGCGCGAGCAGCGGGGGGGCCCCCGCCCGAGUGCCAGGGGUCACGCAGUGCGCCAAGAAGAUUCGCCCCGAGUUGCGCGAGACGUUGCUGGUCGAGGGCCCCGCCGACGAGAACGCCACCCCCGUCCCGAUGGGCCCCGUCGCGGUGCGCGACCAGUGCUUCAGGCUCCACCCUGGCCUGUGCCAGACGAGGGACAAGGAGGUCUACGCGCAGGCGCUCGCCGCGGCGUCGGGGCUCCGGGCCUUCGUGAAGGGCAUGUCCAGCGGCCAGCUGAUUCGCAUCAUUGGCGGGGAUGUUGAGCAGGCGGCAUCGUCGGACGCACGACCUGUCGAGAUGUGGCUGUGCAUCGGGGCGAUGCGCCAGCGGGGCCCUCCGCUUGCUGUGUUCGCUCGCUGCAGCCGCCACGCGUGCCUCCAGGGGGUCAUCCAGGUGGACGUUGCGGAGCCGCCCGAGGCCAGGGGGCGCGGCAGCCUCGAGUUCAACUUCUCGACUUGCUACCGCGUCGCUCGCGACUGCGUCGUGCUCGACGGCAUGCAGGGGGCCAAGGUGCAGGAGAUCAGGUGUGCGAACACCAGCGUGCUGGCCAUGAUGCUGCAGGGGGAGUUUGUCGUUCGCGAGGCGCCCUUCCGCGGCAUGGACCAGAGCCUCGUCGUCCUCGCGCCCCUCGGCUCGUGCAAGAGGGCGAAGGCAAAGGUGACGCACAUUGAUUCGGGCGGCAGCGGCACCGACGAGGGGGGCAAGACCGACGGGCUGCAGGAGGAUGACCCGAUGGAGGUGCCCCCGCCGCCCCAGCCGCCCCAGCCGCUGGAUGCUGCAGGGCAGCCUGGGGGUCGCAGGGGCCAGAAGCGGCGCGCCGCUGCCGCGGAGCCCCCAGGUUUGGACGGCGCCAUGCCGCGCAUCCACCAGGGCUGGGGCGCUCGCAAGAAGGGUGGCGAUCAGGAGCAGUACUCGAGGUACGACGUCCCCGGCUGCGGCUACCUGUACUACGCCCACGGCCGCAAGAAGAUGGCCGCGCAUUGCGUGAACGCGGCGUGCCCCCAUGGCUUGUGCCGCACCGGCCGCUCGUGCGCUGGGUCAGCCCAGAAGUUCUCGGGCCGACCAGUCGGCUUCCUGUUGGCGUGGCUCUUCGCCGGCCACGGCUACGACCAGGCAGGGCACCAGGCGCUGGCGAGGCGAGAGCAGCGGGACAACGCUGACAUCAGCUACGCCGAGCGCAACUCGUGCCGGCAGUGGGCCAAGGAUAACAUCCCCGACGUCUUCGCCCACGAACGUGAGCGGGAGGAUGGUGAGUCGGAGGGGCCCCAGCACGUGUGCUACUGA